CUUUGCUGCUGGUAGGAGCAGUUGUUCUUGUAGCCAGCAGUAUAAUAGUGAGCUAGACAGUCCAACUGGCUCCAUACAUAAAAGCCCCGAGUCCUUUACCUCUCACUGCGCUCAUCUGUCACAUCCACUCAGGUUGAGGUGUGAUCUGUCAGCAUGGAGGAUCCGUCAGAGCAGUCCCACUGGGUGUCUCCAGCUCUGCUCAGCUCAGAUCCUCUGGCCAGUUUCUCCUCUGAGCCCGGCCUUCUGCCUCCAGGAGAAGACGGGGAGGCCUUCUUCUCCAGCCAGGACACAGACUACGCCGGCCUGCCCUCCUUCUUCUCCAACCCAAGCCACAGCCGAGUGCCACCCACCUACAGACACAGCUCGGUUCGACAGGUGUUCACCUCACCCAGCCUCCUGAGCAACCUCCAGCUCCUGGACGGGUCGGCCUACAACCACCCGGCCUCCACCUGGAGCAGCAGCCUCGCCAAGACCCCGCUGCACUCGCACACCCCGACCUCCCUCUACACCCCCUGCGUCACCCCCUCCUUCUCCAGCGCCAGAGACGGAUACCUGUCUCCGAGCAGAGAGGGCAGGGAGAGCCCCCGGCUUCAGGAGGCCCUGAAGGCCGAGCGCCUGAGCCCGCUGGGGGGGUCGGGGGCCAGCAGCAGUUUCCUGAAUCUGACUCCUGCUACUGGGAGUGUGUACUCUGCAUCGUCACACUGCCACCCACACCUGCUGAGCCCCUACAGCUCGUACAUGACAAGUCAACAAGAGUACAACUCUGCUGCCCUCUACUCUAGCCCUGGAACAUGGAUGAGCCCCUCAUACUCCCCUAAAGGCCGCAAUAAGAUGAGGAUAUCCACUCCAGAGGCCAGAGAGUGUGUUAACUGUGGAGCCACGGCGACCCCUCUGUGGCGUCGGGACGGUACAGGCCACUACCUGUGUAACGCCUGUGGACUCUACCACAAGAUGAACGGCCAAAACAGACCGCUCAUCCGGCCCAAGAAGAGACUGAUUGUCAGCAAGCGGGCAGGCACACUGUGCGCCAACUGUCACACUAGCACAACAACACUGUGGAGACGCAACGCCAACGGAGAGCCCGUGUGCAACGCCUGCGGACUCUACUUCAAACUGCACAAUGUCAACCGGCCCCUCACCAUGAAGAAGGACAGCAUUCAAACGCGCAACAGAAAAGUGUCCAACAAGAACAAGAAGAGCAAGAAGGUCGCCAUGUUUGAGCCGUACUUGGAUAUGACUCAGCCGACCUCCAUGGACGACAACUGCGGGCCCUUCUCCAUGGGCCCCGGGACUCUCCUCACCUACAGCCACACCCCGCACCUCAUACAAUCGCCAUCACCCCUGCAUCCCUCCGCCUCCUUACAAUACGCACACCACCUCAACACUGGCAUGAUGCCCACACUGGUGUGAAAAAAAAGGCACCAGAAAGUGGUGUCUAUUUAGGAAUCAACAGCGCGCUUGCUUGCCAGUUAUUUGUGUGAAUUUGUACAUAUGCGUUUGUACAUUGGACGACUUAAAUGUUCUGUUUAUUUCCACUGUAUUUUAAUAGAUGUUAUCUGAUCACGUAGGUUAUGUUUGAAGUCAGAUAAAAAUCACUCACCACUGAGGUUGCUGCACACGUGAACACACUGAUGAGGGAAGUGUUUCAGCUCUGAACAUAAACACAAAGUCUCUUCUUCAUUAAUCAUAAUGUGAAAUUGUGCGUUGGUUUUGUUACAGUCUGUUUUGUAUUUGAAAAAUAUGCCCAUAUCGAAAAUCUACAGAGGAAAUAAUAAAAAAUAAAUGUCUGACAGAAUU